AUGAACUUAAAUGGAUUUGUAGAAGUUCGACAAGCGACAGAAGCUUUUUUUAAAGAAAAACAUGCCGGAGGACUUCUCAAGGGAUCGGUAGAUGAAAAAAGGCAGAACCUCGAAAUAAAAACGCCACCGGGCCCAUCCGCCAAUGAAAUAGUUAAUAGGACGUUAGACAUGACAAAGCGCAAAAUGCCGAUGUCUGCUUCAAGUGAUCUUGUCGGCGUCAGAAUAGCGCCUGCUACUUCAGCGAGUCACUCACCUAAAAAGAUCACAAAGAUUGACACAUCAAAAAUGAACUGCGUAGUAAGCUCGACGACUAAACUGGACAGCCGAAUGAACGGGGUCACUUGUGGAUCUAAUAAUCUAAAUCUAAAUCCGAUAACAAAAUCACCUCCAGCAAAAAAGGAUUUACUGAAAAAACCAGCUAAGGCUGCGAAAAGGACAAAUCGUAAAUCAUCCGCUUGCAUAGCCAACAACAAAAAUCUCACAUGGUCUAAAGCUAACAAUCUCAAACAAGUGCAGCUUCAACAACAAAAUUGCACAAAUCCACUACAAAAUACUUCAAUAAAACCUGCGGUUCCUAGCGAAUCAAAUACAGCCGCUAAGAUAAAUAUACCAAAUGGUGUGCGUCAAGUUUCUAUGGCUGUGAACGGAAGUAUAGGGAAUCUAAAUGUACCUGUAACAAAUUUACAGAACUGUCAUCAGAUCAAUAUCCCACAACCGUGCAAUGGUUCUGUUACACCAAAUAAUUUAGCAUCUUUCGUUGCUGUUCCCCAAAAUGUUAUGCUUACAACUUUAAGGAUACCCCAAAACAGUUUAUCGCCACAAACGUUCAACGGCGCUAAUAUGUCGACUCAACAAACUAAUAUUAAUAACAUGACAACUUUCAAUCGACCGAAUGUCAAUGUCUCGAGUCCUACGAAACUAAAUGGUCAGUUUGUUUUUCCGCUAGUUCAAAACAUAAAUGGAACGGUUGUUCAAAUUCCAAAUCUAAUGGCCAAAAUGCCCAACUUUGUACUUCCCCAAACUUCUCAGUUGACGGCACAUGGGCAAGAUCACCUACAAAAUCAACAGGCGGCAUCAAUUCUCAUAAACGGUACUCUAUUAAAGAUCGCCAACCCGGUGCCAUCACAGUAUCCGCCCGUUAAUAAACCUGCGCCGGUAACGAGUCAAUCUAUUCCAGUGAUGAAUAAAAAUGUAGCAGGCAUGCAACCUGUCGGAAUGACAGUUCAAUCGAAACCGAAUUACACUGUCAAUUUUAGUCAUCCCGUCCUUAUGCCACAGCCUGGUUUUAUUGUAACGUCUGUGCCAAAUAUUAACGUGAAAGAAACGUGGAGUUACACGAAUACUAAUUCGGCUUCCGCAUCGCAGACGACGCGUUCAAAUCCUAUAGUACAUCACCCGCCUCCUAUCGUAGCGAACUUUACAACGCAGACUGUUCACUCGAGUAGUAUACCCAUCGCUCCAGUGAAACCUCCAGACAAUCCGAUCCAAGGCACAGACCCACCUAGCAGCACCGUUAAGGAACCGGAGAUAAAUGAUGUAAUGCCGAUGAAGUGUGAUAUACCUUGGUUAUCGAAGACAGUAAACAAUAACAUCUUUUCAAUAGACUCUGGAAAGAUUAACUCGAGGCCUUUUGCACACGUAAGUCGUAUAGCAGAAAAACUUGGAGAGCUUGCAGUGGAGAAAUUGAGAGGAAAAGAAAAAGGUGAGGAAAUGACGAAGAACUUGGGACAAGAGCCACGUUUGAUGAGGAAUGUUGAAGAGGUUUCGAAGCAAGAGGAGACGCUCUUCACGCAGAUAACUGUUAUGAAGGACGUAUCAUCGGACGUGCACAAUACUGUGAUAGAAACACAUUUCUGUAGUACCACAACUGAAUCUGAAUCCGGGAUAGGAACAGACAAGUCGAUAGAUUCGCCUAGUGACUCUCAGACCAGCAAGGAGUGUGAUGAAGAUUCUUCGUUGUCUCUCUGUGUUAGUGUGUCCUCCGUUGAAGUGCCAAGUCAGAAGAGUCCUAUACUCAAGCAGCCGAAGACGCUUCGGUUUCCUCCCAGGAGCCUAACCAAGCCUAAUAGUGAUAAACGGAAGUCUAGUACAGAUACAACGACCACUGUGACAGUGUGUUUGUGGGAAAACUGCAAAAGAGAGUUCGAUGGCGAUUCAGACCUUUUAGAUCAUUUACAGAGAGUCCAUGUUGAACCGCAAGCUGGCAAGGAGAACUACGUAUGCUUAUGGGAGCAAUGCAAGGUGCGGGGCAAGCCUUCCUGUUCUCGGCUUUGGCUGGAACGUCACACGCUGUCGCACGGGGGAAACAAACCGUUCAAGUGCAUCUUCGACGGCUGCGAGCGGCGGUUUUCUACUCAGAUAUUAUUGGAACGACACGUGAACCACCACUUCAACGAAGCACCACCAAGUGGCGGCAGUAGCAAGAAGAGCACCGACAGCUCCGUUAAACUCAUCCGGAGGAAUGGGAAGAAACUGCGGUAUAGGCGGCAACCAUGGUCUGCUCGCAUGUUCGACUUUUUCGACGCGGGCAUGAUGGAGGGUCUGGUGUGGCGGUUAACGCGCGUGACUCGCUGGAGACUGGGCGGCGCGUGCCCGCUGCGCGAGAGCGACGCGACGCGCCACACGCUGACGCUGCGCGCGCACCUGCGCGCCACGCGCGUCAACCUCGCCGAUGGGCGGCGGGAGGCGCUCGUCACAUACAAUCCGCCUCAUGUGUUGGACGACGAAUGGGUGCCGGAGAACGAAGUGAAGCGGAUCAAGCACGUCGAGAUCGCGUCGCUCUCGGUCAGCGUCAAGGUGCGGCUGUACUCGCAGUUCUGCGCCGCGUACCGCAACGUCGCCACCGCCGCCGCCGCGCCGGCCGCCGGCAAGAAACCGCUGAAGCGCCUGGAGCCGCGACGGUGCGCGUCCUCGCGAAUACUCGCCUCGCUGCUGGCCAAGCGCCGCCGCGCCGAGGUGGAGUGCCGCGCCGAGCCGCUGCCGUACCGCGAGGACGCCGCGCCCGCCCCCGCCGGCGCGCUCAAGCGCAAGAUGGGCCGCAGGCACGGCGGGAACUCCUUCUGGCCCUGCGGCCGAUAG